AUGAAUGAUGAAAAAAAUGAUGAAAGUUCACCAGUGAGUCCAUCAACAAAAUAUCAAAAAAAUCAUAAUGAUUUAUCUAUAUCAAAAGAAACAUUUUCUAAUGGAUAUGAAUAUACAAAAAUUACUAAUAAUAAUACAUUAUCUAAACAACGAAAAUUGAUUUUACAUUUUGAUAAUCGAAAUACAUUACAAGUUGCCAAUAAUGUAUCAUCAACAACAAUUGAACAAGGCGUAAAUAAUUUCUUAACAGGUGUUCUUUGGGGAUAUGAAAAUGACAAAGAUGAAUGGGAAUGGAUAUCAACAUCACCAUCUCUUCAAAAACCAGAUAAUUGUCCAAAAUGUAUAACUUAUUUUAAAUAUUUAGAAAAUCAAAUUGUACGAGAAGCUAUUGAUAGAAAAGAUUUACGUGCUAGAACGGGUAAUUUUAUAUACAAUGAAGGUGCAUGUUUUCGUCAAUUUUAUGAUGAAUUAAUUGAAUCAUUACGUUAUAAUAAAUUAGGUGGUCUUGAACGAGAACGAGAAGAUUUAAUAUUAACUAUUGAAGAAGUACGAGAACUUAAAACAAAUGAAUUACAACCACCAGUAGAAAAUAAUCAACGUAAACGACGUUUAUCAAUUUUACAUAGUGAUCCAGUACCUGUAAAUGGUUUUCGUUCAACAAAUGGUACACUUUAUCAUUAUAUAUUACCGUCAUUUUUUCGUCUUAUUAAAUAUUUACAAGACACUAAUCGAGAUUUUGUUAUUUAUUUACGAACAAUGGGUGAUGAUAGUAAAAAUUUUCUAACAAAUUCUAAACGUAUUCUUUCAAAUGAACAUCCAUCAUUUCAAUUUCAUCAAUCUCUUGAUGUUAAUCUUGAACCUGGUCGUAUUGAACGUAAAAAUGAUCAAUCAAUUUGUCUUCAAAUGAAAUUUCAAGAAGAUUCUGAUAUACAAAUAAUAACAGAUGAAUUUUUAAUUCAUGAAAAAUUAGAAAGUGGUCAUGGUAUACAUGCAAUAAAAGAUGAUUUUAAUGCAUGGUUUGGAACAAAUUAUCAUUAUUCAACAUCAAAACCAAUAUGGUUUGAUCCAGAUGAUAGAAAUCCUCGUUCACAUCAUAUAUUAUUUGAUGAUAAUUUUCGUGUUAUCGAUCCAUAUGAUUCUAUUGUUGAUAUACGUAUAAUGAAUAGAGAAAAACACAAAUGUUAUUCAUGUCCAUUUGAACUUUAUCCUAAACUGGAAAAUAUAUUUGCUGUACAAGCAAAUUUAUAUUUAAUAUUAGCUGAUCACGAGUAUUAUAUAAAAACAAUUGAAGAAUGCGAAAAAAAUCUUGAUCAACUUCUUCAAGAUGCUCAAACACUAAAAAAAAUCAAAGAAGAAAGUUGUAUUGAUCAUUUAUAA